AACAUAUUUAUACUGACACUGUCUUUACUUGCUAAUGAAAAGUAACGUCUGUCUAGCUUCCACAGUGCAAACACAUUAGCUUUAGCAACAAUAUUGUAUUCUCAAAAAUUGAAAAGUUCCUGUGAUUGUAUUUGUGGUGGAUUAUCCCCGAAUUGGCAGGAUUUCAAACUUCCACGCAUAUAACAUGCUAUCGACAGCUAACAAGAUAGCAUAACUAGCCAAACAAGCUACUCGGCUAUCACUAACAUCCACUCGUGAUGCACUUAAAAGCUACUCUCAUAUAUCAAUGUUUAUCAAUAACUAUACAUGCUUAAAAUAUUUGUAUAUAUCAAACUUACAAUUUCUCAGAUUACACGUGUCUUCAGUAUUCACUUCGUAUGACCUUUCAACUUCCAUGCCCACUAAGCAAAAGCAAUUGAAAAUCGAGCAAAACACUCGUCAACAGUUAAAUUUUCUAUUCCGAACCAUUGCCGCGGACCUGCUUUGAAAAUCAGGACACAUUGAUAACAUAACGUAUUGUUUUUAUAGUUAUUUGCCAUGUGUGUAGUCAAAAUGUAUUUUUGUUUAUCACCGUGAAUACAAAUUACAAACACACUUAUCAAGCAUUGACCCCAAUGCCUUUUCUUUGGGGAAUAAAACCUGCUUCAUUUUAUGAAAAUGUGAUUUAAGUCUCUAACGUACACAUUUUUAGAGACUCUCGACAACUUAAUAUUUGUAACACUACUGUGGGAGCUCGAGAUGCGUUAAUCUGGGAUCGUUUGCUUUUGUCUGGCAAAGUUUGCUGGUAUGGUCAGCCAUUGAAUUUCUUGUUUCCGAGACGGAGUCGUCUAUUCAUGUAAAUGGGAACAGGGUCACCUUUCCUUGACGCUGCACUGGAUAAUUUUGUCUUCCGAAUGUCUCGUUUGUUUUGAAAGGCUUUGUUUGUUUUGAAUUAGCUGUUAAACACCAGCACAUAAGCCGGCGCCUUGCCUGUUGACAAAUCGUUAGCGGCAGAUGACAGUGACAGGCGGGGUGUUGUUAGCUUCUUGUCGAUAAGAGAUAAACUUCUAGGCGCGUCUGUCAAAUUCAGAUAAACACGAACUAUAACGGCUCCAACUCGACAAUGUAUAGGUAACACGCUGCCAAAAUUAUUCGGCUAUGGAGACGUGACUACCGGAGAUGUGACAUUUCUCCUUCACUCACACCGGAAGAUAUAUCUGAUUCGUUCAACUGGUCUUUAAACCUGGACAACAAUGCGUCUUUUAAUUCGCAUGUCAAAAUGUACACACGGAGUGCCCUUACCCAACCUUCCACACCCCCGGUUCUUGUGGAUGACAUUCUCCCCUUACCGCCAUCGGAAGCGACCAACGUCCGCAUCGAGGACUUCGGCCUCCCCGCCAACCGGCCUCCUUCUCCCGCCUGUCACAUCGGCUAUCUCCCGUAGAGCUCUCUCCUCACUCUGCUCAUACACCUCCAAGACGCGGACACACUCUCUCACACACAUUGCCUUUGCCAGCUCAUCGGCAUCCUCCACAUCCGGAUCACUGAAGGGUCAGACCGACACGGACGUUGGACAAACACCGACGAGUGUCCCUCUGGAGGACGUGAAAAGGGUUUUGCGACUUGCUCACUCGGAGAGAUGGAAACUCGCAGCUGCUGUGGGCUUCCUCACUGUGUCCAGUGCCGUCACCAUGUCAGCCCCAUUUCUCCUGGGCAGAGUAAUCGACACGAUCUACACGGCCGGAACAGACACUGAGGCGAUGGUGUCCUCCCUCACAUCGCUUUGUGCCAUGUUGACAGGCGUGUUCCUUUGCGGUGGGGCUGCCAAUGCCGCCAGAGUCUACCUCAUGCAGACCUCAGGGCAGCAGAUUGUCCGCGAUCUCCGUGCUUCUGUAUUUUCCUCCAUUCUCAGACAGGAAGUAGCGUUUUUCGACAGGAACAGGACAGGCGAGCUGAUCAAUCGACUCUCUGCAGAUACAGCUGUGGUAGGCCGCUCCAUCACAGACAAUCUGUCUGAUGGCCUGAGAGCUUUCGCUCAGGCAGCUGCUGGCGUCAGUAUGAUGUUCUACGUCUCGCCCAGCCUGGCGAGCUUCAUGCUGCUGAUUGUCCCUCCUUUGGCCUGCGUGGCUGUGGUCUAUGGCAGAUAUCUUCGCUCCAUCUCAAAGCGCACGCAAGACGCCCUGGCCCAAGCCACACAGUUGGCAGAGGAGCGCAUCAGCAACUUGAGAACAGUCCGAGCUUUUGGUAAAGAACUGUCUGAAGUCAACACCUACACACAGAAAACUGAUCAGGUCCUCAGCCUGGCCACCAAGGAAGCUGUUCUACGUGCUGCCUUCUUUGGAGCAACUGGCCUCACCGGUAACAUCAUGAUCCUGUCUGUGCUCUACAAAGGAGGUCUUCUGAUGGCCAGCCAUCACAUGACUGUGGGAGAACUCUCCUCAUUCCUUAUGUACACCUUCUGGGUGGGCAUCAGCAUUGCAGGGUUAAGUACGUUCUACACAGAGCUGAUGAAGGGUUUCGGUGCAGGAACAAGACUGUGGGAACUUCUGGACAGAAAGCCCGAGUUCCCUCUUAAUGAAGGUCAAGUUCUCCCUUCAGACCAGCUGAAAGGCCGUUUGGAGUUUCAUGACGUCUCCUUUGCCUACCCGACCCGUAAAGAGGCUCCUAUAUUCCAGAAUCUCAACCUGCAUGUGCCGGCCGGUACCAUCAUGGCUGUAGUGGGACCUAGUGGGUCUGGAAAAUCAACUCUGGUGUCACUGCUGCUCAGGCUUUAUGACGCUGACUCAGGCAUCAUUGCUGUGGAUGGCCAUGACAUCAGAGACUUGAAUCCUUACUGGCUCAGGAGCCACAUCGGCACAGUCAGCCAGGAGCCGGUGCUGUUCUCUUGCUCUAUUCGAGACAAUAUUGCAUAUGGCGCAUCAGACCCAGACGCCGUGACCACAGAGGAAAUCUAUAGUGCAGCCCAAGUGGCCAACGCAUACGACUUCAUCCAGGCUUUUCCUAAAGGCUUUGACACUGUGGUGGGGGAGAAAGGAGUGCUGUUGUCAGGUGGUCAGAAGCAGAGGAUUGCAAUUGCCAGAGCUCUUCUUAAGAAUCCGAAGAUCCUACUGUUAGAUGAGGCCACCAGUGCACUGGAUGCAGAGAAUGAGUUCCUAGUGCAGGAGGCUUUAGAGAGACUCAUGGAAGGGAGGACUGUCCUCAUCAUUGCACAUCGUCUGUCCACCAUCCAGAACGCCAAUGCAGUCGCAGUGCUGGACCAGCAUCGUGUAGCCGAAUGUGGCCAGCACGCAGCACUUCUGGAAAACAAACAGGGACUCUUUCGGAAACUAAUGGAGAAGCAGGCUUUCCUGCAGGAGGAGCAGAAACGGGCAAUGAGCUGAUCCUUGCCCUGUAGAUGAAAAUGAGGUGAGAAGAAUGACUUUAUCACCACCAGAGCGUCACUGUGUGGGAGAUAUAAAGGGAGCGUGAAAGGGACCAAAAAAAAGGAGAUGAUAAGGCCCGUCAUAUGCUGCAAGUGUCCUUUUCACCAAGCAACAAGGCUGCGUGAAGAACAUAAACAAGUACUAGCUAGUUAGUAGCUGAGCUGUAUUUGAUUCUACACUGAGAGAAGAACAUGUUUAAAGAUGCUUCUCGACGAAGAGAAACGUGUGGUUUUAAAACACUGUCAUAGUGGAUGUAUAAUAUAUUCAGGUACAUGACACAACAUGUAAAUGUGCAACUAAAACCUCUCUUUUGGGGAUGUAUUGUAGUGUCCCAGCACUCUUCAUUUUUUUUUCAUUUUCACAGCUAAACCAAAAUAAGAAAAGAAUAGGAUGUGAACCUCCUACUAAAUGUGUAUUUAUGUUGUUAGUGUCGAUAUUUUGGUGGCUGAUUUAACUUGAAGCUCACACAAUGAGCCUUUUACAGAGUUUCAACCGUAGUGAUAUGACACAACUAUGUAUGGAUGUGUUGAUAACAGGAAGAACACUAAGACAAAAAAAGGUGUGUCUUAAAUCAGUCCUAUCUCCUAGUUCAGUACUAUAAUAAUACACAAGUGCCAACUGAAUUUAUAUUGAGAUUCAGUUAUGAGAGUUUAUAUUUUGGUAUUCACGUAUUCUCACAUAAUGCUCGUUAUGAUCUGCAACUACAUACAGUGGAGCCUCCGAAAGACGAGCACAAUCGGUUUUGGGGUGUUGUGCCGUUUGGUGUGUCUCACAGGAAAUAAUGCAGGCUGGGCCAUAAGUUUCCAUGCAUGGAAAAAAAAUAGUAAUUCAUGUUGGACAACUGGAUUUAUUUAUGUAUAUAACAUGCUCUAUUUGAUUGUUAAUGGACUUGCAUUAGCACAGUUGAAGUUAUGUUUUUGUUAUGAUUCGGCCUUCAAGUGCUCCCAAAGAUAGAAAUUCGAGAAAAAUUUGAGAGAAAUUCCCUCAUUCGAGGGAUGAGAUAUGGGGAUCUGAUUUAAAACAUAAAAAAUAUAAAAAAAAAAUACAUUAAAAAAAUAUCAAAAAAUACAAAAAAUAUACAUUGUACAGGAACUUAUGGCCCCCACCCUGUAGAAAUAAUCCGUUCCAGGGUCAAACUGUUGCCAUCAAGUGCCAUCAAUGUUUAAAUCGUUUUCACAUCAAGAUGAGAAACAAGUUACAGAAACAAAUUACCGAAAUCUACUCAUCAUUCUCUAUGAAAUAUUUGUAUAUUUGAUAUUACAAAGUUGUCUGCCCGCCUGUGUUUCCUUUGAUUUAUGUAAAAUACUGCACAAAAUAGAGAUUUUGAAGUAAUAGAAACAAAUAUUUAAAGGCUGUCGCCACAUAUUUUUCAGAAACUAGAGUUUAAAUGCUUGCAUUUUUUUCCAAUUACUGUUUUAUCAUAAAAGUGCUUAAAAUCAUGGUGGAAGUUGAACUUUAUUCAUGUAUUUAGUAUUUAGUAUAUUGAAGUUGUCAGACAUCUGCACAUCAGUCAGAAGUUCUUUAAUGUGUUUUACUGUCUCCAUAUGACAUGAUGUAUUCUAAAACAUACGUAUAAAUAUACAUUACACCAUUGCAUUAGUAACAAUAAACCGUGUUCUCUCACUCUGCACUCACUUUUAACACUGAAGGUGCUUGUCAACAUGAUAAAUGUCAUUUAUAUAUGUAUAUGUCAUCAGUUUCUUAACAAUAUGAGCUAAAUUAUAUAUGUUAGGUUUGAAGUCAUGUUUUGCUAAAUUAUUAUAGUUUUGUGGGAAAUAAAGUGAAAUAUA